AAAAUUUUCGAGUGAAAUGUGUGAUUCAAUUUGGGUUUAAUAUUUUUUUAUUUUGAUUAUGUAAAAACUAUUUUUCAACUUAAAAUUCUCAAAAAUUAAUCAUGGCAGAAUUGACAAAAUCAUUAGCAUCGACUAGAGAACGUCGAUCCAAUGCCGGUUCUAAUAUGUCUAGAUUGCUAGACAAAGAAGAAGAGGAUGAAUUUUAUAAAACUCAAUAUGGUGGUUUCGAUGAGAUUGAGAAUGACAAUGAUUUCUCUGCCUCUGAUUCUUCAGAUUCUGAAAAUGUCAUCGAUUCUGAUUUUGAUAUCGAUGAAAAUGUCGAUCCAAUCGUCGAUGAAGAUGAAGGUGAAAAAAUGAUCCAACAAGAAGAAAAACGGGAACGCCGAGCUGCAACAAAACGUAAAUCAUUUUAUCGCGAACCUUGUAUUAAAAAACCAACUGCGGCAAUGAAAUCACCAUCAUCUGUUGUUCGUCGUACUCCUCGAACUUCACUCAUCAGUACUGUGCCUGUAUCACGAAAUACAACACUUCGUUCUGAUGAUGCACAAUCGCUUUAUAAAAAUCUUCGCGAAUCUACAAAGAAAUCAUCAAGAGAAACGAAAGAAAACCUUGAAGAUGAACGACGUCGAAAAUUAAAAUCCAAGUAUAAACGAAAACAACCAUAUCGACAGCCCACACAAGAGGAACGUUUACGUGAAGCUAAAAGAACGGAAAUCGAAAAUAUGCGUUCCCUGGAAGCUUAUAAAAAUAUGGAAAUAGAAAAAUCGAAACGUAAUAAGACAAGUAAAAAGUUACCCAAUGUUCCAAUGAUUCGUUAUCAGUCGUAUCGUGAAAACUCAAAAGAUUCAGAUCCAUGCUAUAGAACAAUCAUCUCAUUUCCUAAUGAAGAAAUUUUCGAUAAUUACUUUGGAAGAUAUAAUCAAACAUCUCAUAAGUCCGAAAUCAAUCAACAACCUCGAAAACGUCCUAUUUCAGUUCUUUCUGGUCUCCCUAUUCGUUACAAAGAUCCUUUAACCAGAUUUCCUUUUGCUAAAGCCAAAGAAUUUAGUGUUAUUCGCGAUUCCUAUGUCCGUUAUUUGGAACAAUCUACAUUGCGAGAUGAUGUAACAAUAAAAAAGUUUACAGACUCUUAUCAAUUAUCGCCUGUAUUGGAGUUAAAAUUGGACCAAACAAAUCAAACAUCCAAAUUAGUUAUUACCGGCAAUUCUAAUCAAUCUCAAGGGGUGACAAAUCCGAUCAAAGCAUCCGCAGCUGUCACCACAAUGGCCACAAUUCAUUCUACAAAUGAAACGAUUCGAGAUGUUUGUAAAUAUCGAACAUUGAAACCGAAAAUUCCCAUGUCUAUUACUUCCAUUUCAUCCAAUACUAAUAGCCCUGUUUCCUGGUUGGUGAUAACAACCAAUAAUAAUAAGCCACAAGUUCAACAGGUUUCAGCUUCAUCAACUAACAGCUCUCAAACUAGUAAUAAUACACAAUGAAUUUGUAAUGACAAACAUAAAAUUUAAUCAUUUUUUAAAGAAUAAAAGUAUAUGAAUGAAUAAAUAAAUUGAGUUUUACCCACG